GCCGUGUUCAGCCUCAGCGUACUCCAUACGUAGAGCUUUUGUUAGUCCGAUCAUCACUUCUUUAGGGAUCACACUUUGCUCUCGUUGUGUAUCUAAAGAAGCUUAAAUCUAUUCUUCUGCAAGCCUAAGCUAGCGGAUUCGAUUAAGACGAUCAAAUGGUUUAGAUGCUCAAGAAAAUUUCGUUGCAAUGAUCUUGAAUUUUGGUCAAAUAUAUCUUAAAAUAGGAACGUUGACGUUCGAUUCGAUUUUGCUACUUGUUCUGGGAAUGAUCUUCCUUUGAAUCGAUUCAAAGAAAUCACACUGGAAAUCCGCUAAGAUUCGCUGGGAUUGUUGUUGAGGUCUUCUUUAAUGGCGCAGAACAACAUUCCGGUCAGCGAAAUUUACUGGUCUCUGUCCGAUAAAGCAGAUAAGAAGUUCAAUCGCAUUAGGGAUUCGCCCUUCCAUGCUAGAAACAGGAAUGAUGACUAUUUCAACAAGGUCUUCAAGGUAUACACGCAGCUGUGGAAAUUCCAACAAGAGAAUCGUCAGAAGCUAGUGGAGGCGGGGGUUAAGAGAUGGGAGAUUGGAGAGAUUGCUUCUCGCAUUGCUCAACUUUACUAUGGACAAUAUCUCCGAACAAGCGAGGCCAGCUAUCUGUUGGAAUCGUAUGUCUUCUAUGAGGCUAUAUUAAGUCGGGAAUAUUUCAAGGAAGGCUCGAUGCAGGAGAUUAAUAUCGCAAACAAGCAAUUGAGGUGCAUAGUCAGGUUCUUGAUCGUCUGCUUGAUUUUGAACCGGAAAGAAAUGGUGCAUCAAAUGUUUAAUCAGCUAAAGUUGUCUGUAGAGGAGUACAAGAGGUUUUUCCAGGAAAAUGACUUCAAAGAGUGGAGACAGGUGGUUCAAGAAAUAGUUCGAUUUCUUAAAGCCGACACAGCCUCUGUGAAUAUGAGGCCUUUGAGAUAUAGUUUAAUACUUGAUUCUCUUCUAGAUUCUCUACCAAAUGUGGGUUCAUUUGAGGCAAGAAGAGGCUUGAAGUUAAGAGACGCAAUUUUAAGUAGCUAUCAUCAUAACGAGGUCAAGUUUAUGGAGCUCACCCUGGACACCUUCAGAAUGCUUCAGUGCUUGGAGUGGGAACCUAGUGGUUCUUUUUACCGGGCAAGUGGACGUCCUAACAAUGAGAAUGGUAGUAACAUGGGUCAGAAUGGAGCAUCUCUGACUAAUUGCAUCAGUUAUUCGGAGGACAUUACAGAUCCUACUUUGCCACCAAACCCAAGGAAGGCCAUUUUAUAUCACCCGGCUGUUACACAUUUUAUAUCAGUUCUAGCCACAACAUGUGAAGAGUUACCUCCAGAUGGGGUUCUUCUAAUAUAUCUAUCAGCAUCAGGUAAAAUUGGAAAAACUUUUCCUUUGCCAUCAAGUUCUGGAACUUACAUGAACUCUCCUGAAAACACUGGGGGCAGCUCUCAUGAUGUGGAAUCUGAUGCACACCCUACUUCUUCGUUGAGCUUUCCUCUUGAUAGCCCAUCCUCUUCUGUCCACAACAAAGGAAAUCGGGAGAACAGAAAUUCAGGGUUCUUAUGGCUGGGUUCUCGUGGAAAUGAAGGAUUAAACUGUCUUUAUCCUUCUGACUUAAUUCCAUUCACAAGGCGGCCCCUUUUUGUGAUAAUUGACAGCGAUAGCAGUCAAGCAUUCAAGGCUAUACAUGGUGCUGAAAAGGGAGAGCCAGUUACUUUGCUGCUUUCUCCAAGCUCUCCAUAUAGUGCUGUUGAUUCUUCUCGGCACCCAAGUGGAAGUCAAUUCACCCUAUUCCUCACAGCUCCUCUGCAAGCUUUCUGUCACUUGCUUGGUCUUUCAGGAUCUAAUAUCGACAUGGAUAAAUAUAACAAGGCUGAGCAGUUUCUUAACCUAUCAUUAAAUGAUUGGGGAUCAACAUUGGCAGCAUCAGACACACUAGAUCCAGCUUGGGCUCAAGUCUUGUAUGAUCCAUUCCUUAGGAGGCUUAUUCUGAGGUUUAUAUUCUGCCGUGCUGUGAUUGCAUGUUAUGCUCCAACCUUCAGAAACAAGGAUUUCCUCCCCGACUGCCUGCCUCACCUCCCUGAGUCUGUCUCACCAUUGACAACUGCCUCUCAAACUGUAGUUUUUCAAAUUGCCCAAGUUUUUGAUGUAGCCAACCACUUCAUUUUCUCUGAUCUGCCUGAGAAUAUUCAUGCCAUUGACAAAUUAACAACAAUAAGAGUUCCGGACACUCAUGAAGCAGAUCUUGGUUCUGAAAUGUGCUUUGCUUUUAAAAAACUGUAAAGGAAGUAGUAUUAUUUUUAGUUGGCUUGUAAAAUACAUUCUGUACAGAAGCUGAGUUCUAUUACUUACUGGGCAUUGUGAUAGUGGUUAAGAA